CACCACGUAUAGCUCAUUCAAUCGCCUAAAUUUUAUGCUGCUGAUGAUCAAGAUAUCUCUCUAACUUUUUUUUAUAAAAUUUAGAAGGGUUAAUUUGAUUAUCAUAACCAACCAAUUCAUAUGUCGAGUGUGUUAGUGUUGUGGUAUAUGAUACACGAUUGAACCUCUCCCAACAACUCGAGUUAUUGGGAUCAACUGGUUCUUGACAUGGUAUCAGAGCCUUCUGUGACCGAAAGGUCUUGUGUUCGAUUCCCAGUGACCCCCAUUUGUUAAGCACAUGGUAUUCUUGUCUUCAAACCUGUGCAAAAUUCAAGCCCUUGUGAGUGGCUUUCGUUUGAGGGGGCGUGUUAGUGUUGUGGUAUAUGAUCCACGAUUGAAUCUCUCCCAACAACUCGAGUUAUUGUUCAAGCCCUUGUGAGUGGCUUUCGUUUGAGGGGGCGUGUUAGUGUUGUGGUAUAUGAUCCACGAUUGAAUCUCUCCCAACAACUCGAGUUAUUGUUCAAGCCCUUGUGAGUGGCUUUCGUUUGAGGGGGCGUGUUAGUGUUGUGGUAUAUGAUCCACGAUUGAAUCUCUCCCAACAACUCGAGUUAUUGGGAUCAACUGGUUCUUGACAGAGUGCGACUUGUGAGUUCUAUCCAAAUCUUCUAUGAUUGCCCUUAACCACGCAGGAUUAUUGAGUUGAUAUAUAUAUAUGUGUGAGACCAUAGGGUACAUAUCGUACUUAAUUACAUGCAAUUUAGUUCGAAGGAGCUGAAGAUAAAGUAAAGCGCGAAUGCAAUGUCGACGAUAGAUCCGAUACAUCACACUAAUGGUUUAGCACAAUUAAUGAUGAUGUUCGACAUGUGCGAACCAAAAUUCCACAUGUAAAUUUUUGUUUCGACUGGACGUGUAAAAGAAUGUCGCCGUUUACGAUAAUAAAUGAUUUGUUUUGACCGAGCAGAGUAAAACUCAUACAAAUCCUUUCCCAACAACUCGAGUCGAUUAAAGUAUUGAUACACGAUUGAGUCAACAUGAAUCGAUAAUUAGGACUUCCGUUUACGAUAAUAAUAUUACAAGCAAUUUUUUGUCAUUGAUGAUGAGUAUAGUGCUACAAACAAACGUGUCUUUGCCCUUAUUACCGACAGUUUUGGCACUGUGGACCACAAACUCUCCCCGCCCUUCCAAUUGGGCUUCAGCUAUUUCAGUGGUGCAAGAAAUGGGCUCGGAGCAACAUUAGCCCAUCAAAUUACCCGGCUAUCUAUAUUGGGCUUUCAUACAGAUUUGAACUAGGCCUCUAACAUACACAUUGGGCCUCGCCUGACGACAAACGGACAUGAGCUAAACGGCGUCGUAAUAGUUUGUGGCCUCUCGGAUAUCCUCGGCCAGUCGGCCUUACCCGCGAUUAUUUACGCGUGGUUUCAUUUCAACUUUUCUGGAUCGAAUAAUAAUUCUUCCCGGUGGCUUCGUCCUCCUCCUUCCGCCACAACGAUUUCCACCACCAACGGCUGCCUGAACCCUAAGAUUCGCCCAAUCCCUAUCCCAGAAAUUAUUCCCGAUUCCCACUUCAUAAUUUCAUUUGUCUUCCUCCAGAGAGUCAGGGCUUUCGAGACGCCAUCGAUUUUUCCAUCGUCGUAAAGCGGAUAGACAGUUGAGCUUCGCAUUUGUUGGCGUAAGUCUUCCGUUUGAUCGGCAAUUUUCAGCUUCGGGUCAUAGUCACCCAAGUCGGAAGAAUCUCCGAAGAUGGAGAAAGUAAUGAACUUGAUAAAGCCCAAGGCCAAUCCACAGCAGCAGUUGAGGGAUUGGCAGCGGAGGCUCCGUCAAGAGAGCCGUAACAUUGAGCGUCAAAUCAGAGAUAUUCAGAGAGAAGAGAAGAAUGUACAGAAAGCAAUCAAAGAAGCAGCCAAGAGAAACGACAUGGGCUCUGCUAAGGCGCUUGCUAAAGAGCUUGUGAGAUCUAGGCAAACAGUGAACCGUCUUCAUGAGAACAAGGCACAAAUGAAUUCCAUAUCAAUGCACCUUGGAGAAAGUGUGGCAAUUGCACGCACUGUGGGACAUCUAUCAAAGAGUGCCGAGGUUAUGAAACUUGUCAAUAACCUGAUGAAAGCUCCAGAAGUUGCUGUUACUAUGCAAGAGUUCAGCAAAGAAAUGACCAAGGCUGGAGUGAUUGAAGAGUUUGUGAAUGAAGCUGUGGACAAUGCUCUGGACACAGAAGAUAUGGAGGAGGAGAUCGAGGAAGAAGUGGACAAGGUGUUGACUGCUAUAGCUGGCGAGACUGCAGCUGAAUUGCCGCAAGCAGUCAGAAAGGAGAGAGUAAAGCAACCAGCUCAAACUGCUAGAGCAGCUGAGGAAGAAGCCAUUGCUGAGGGUGGUGAUGAUGAGGAAGAACUAGAAGAGAUCAGGGCUCGACUUGCCAAAGUUAGGUCUUGAGUAAUUAUCAGUUGCUUUUUAAAUGCUCGUCGUCUCAACACCAGCCUCUUUUCCCUCUGCCAUGGAGGAAAUUCUGAUGUAUCAAUGAAGAGUAAAAUGUGUUGUGUUCUGUAUGAAAAAGCAGCCUGUAACUAUAUUGGCCACCAUCUGCGCCGCCUCGGAUGACUUGAUAUCAUUGCCCGACUGCUUCAUACCUCAUAUGUACAAAGAAGGGAGUAGUUAAUAUCUUUCCAGCCCUGUAAUGCCCUGCCAUUUGUGGCUCUCGAGUUCCCGGUUCACGGUUCAUCUGAAGGCUGCAUUUCUGCCAAUUUGAUCGUUCCUGUGUUUUUUUUUUCUGUGCCUCGAUCGUCGAAGUGGAUACAUGAACACACUUGGACCUCAAAACAUGGGAUCAUUUCGCCGAAGUUAAGGUAAAUCCUGAACAUUUAUGGUAACUCCUUUGUGUAAUCUGCCUAACAAUAUGGAAAUCGCAUAUGCAAAGUAACUACUUUCUAUGCAGAGUUGACAUAGAUCCAUGGCAUUCCAAGUUGCACAUGUGGGGGUGAACUGAUAAAUCAGCUAGAUUGCAGAUUUGGCAAUGAAAUUUAAUUAGGCAAUUUGGUAUAUAAACACAAUUUAUAGACGAUACUUAUACCUCUAUAAUCCAUUAAUCGUGUAGUUUGUCCAUUGUCGUGAUUUCGACACUAGCGUUUCCUCCCAAGCCAAGCCAUUGCUGCCUGGCCGAGCAAAUGAAUGGUCUGUUAUCGCAUGGCGUCCACGUUAAUUCCAGUGGGAUAAUCAAUUAAUCUCCAGUCGGACUUGGACCCCGAAUUUGGGUUUAACAAUAAACACAAGUUGCAACUGAGACACACGCUAAUUUCCAUCCUCUGGUCCCGGCAUGACGACGGUCGACGGCAGAUUAAUCCAAUAUACGGCAUGCUCUGUUUUUCCUUCCCGGAGUGAUUACAGGGGCUUAGAUUGGACCUCGUUACAGUUGCAAUGGAGUGGGAUUUUGGAAGCCAUCAGUUUGUUUGUUUUCGUUUAUGAAAACCCUUAUCUCACUUUGAGUGAAAGACCAUUCUUUUUUGUCGAAUAAUGAAUACAAAAAAUGGUCCACCAUGGAAAGAACAAAAACCAGAAGAAAAUGGGAAGGAAACCAAACAGAACCCUUCAUAUAUCGGAUAUCUUGCACGCAAGAUCAUCAUCUCUUUCCCUGAAAAUCCUCCUAAAAAGACAGGGGGAAAUUGGCACAAAAUAUCUAGAAAUGAAAAUGCUGUUAUCUUUAUAGUAAAGCAAGAUGCAAAGAGAACUGGAAUAAUAACAAUGGGGGGAAACUAACUUGAAUUGCAAUUCUGUUCGGACCUUUCCCCCAAAGUAAUCCAAGAUGUAAAGGUUUUACUCAAUAGGAAGAAGUGGAUAGGUAGGGAUCCAAAAUUUGCUAUGAGUUCUAUGGUGAAUAGUAAAAGAAAAAACAAAGUAAAGCUUGAGAGAUUAGGAUCUUAGUGGCAGAAAUCCAAAAUGUGUGAUAAGUAUUAGUCGUAUAUUAUCUAUAGUUUACUCUUCAAGCGAGCAUGAUAUCCCCUUUCGUUAAAUUAGUUUCGUCAUCGGCCUAUCUAAAAUAAUUGAAUGAGUGUGAACUUAUGGUGAAGAUAUUGAUAUUGAAUAGGACGAGUCUUGGUUCAAAUCUCACCGUCGUCAAUGUAGAGAAUACAAUUUGUUAUCAAGA